AUGUCCGUCCUCCGCUCUUACGUCGGCCCCCGCCGCCGCUUGGCCUUUCCCCUCCUCAUCAACCAGCCUCUCGCCCCCUCCUACCUCGCUCCGUCGUUCAGUACCACCUCGUUCCGCGAGGUCGAGGUCGGGAAGGAGACGAACUUGUCCUCCACGUCGCGCGAAAAGGCCAUUGCCGGCGCGUCGCCGCCGAACGUCGACCAGAAGCGCUCUGCUUCGUGUACUCUCACGCACGCCGCAGAGGAGACUGCUCCAUACGUGGCGCUGGUCAUCGUACUAGUGGGUAUUGCGGCUGCUACCGGGAUUGCAUGGGCGACCGCACACUUCGAGCGGUUGCGCUUGAGGAGCUACAUGGAUGAUCGCUUCCGUGGGUUGCAUGACGAGAUGGGAGCGCACAUGGGCCACAUGCAGGCCGCCCUUGCGCCCCUCGCAGCAAUGCCCAAGAUGGACCAGAAACUCGAGAAUAUGGUUGACGGCGCGAGGCAGCUCGAGAUCCAGUCUGCCGUCGCCUCCGCUCUCGCUGACAGGGACAAGUCUGCUCGCUAG